AUGGGUAAAACAAGUAAAGAUAAAAGAGAUCUUUAUUAUAGAAGAGCAAAAGAAGAAGGAUGGAGAGCAAGAUCAGCUUAUAAAUUAUUACAAUUAGAUCAAGAAUUUAAUUUACUUGGUGAAAAUGUUAAAAGAGUUGUUGAUUUAUGUGCUGCUCCAGGUUCUUGGUCUCAAGUAUUAAGUUCAAAAUUAUCAACCACCAGUACAAUAAUAGCAGUUGAUUUACAACCAAUGACUCCCAUAGAUAAUGUAACUACAAUUCAAGCAGAUAUAACUCAUCCUAAAACUUUACAACAAAUUCUUACUCAUUUUAAUGGAGAAUUAGCUGAUUUUGUAUGUAGUGAUGGAGCACCAGAUGUAACAGGAUUACAUGAUUUAGAUGAAUAUAUUCAACAUCAAUUAGUUUGGUCAGCAUUACAAUUAACUACAUGUAUUUUAAAACCAGGUGGAUCAUUUGUUGCAAAAAUUUUUAGAGGUCAAGAUAUUGAUUUAAUGUAUUAUAAACUACAACGGUUCUUUGGUAAAGUGAUUUGUGCAAAACCAAAGAGUUCAAGAAGUACAAGUUUAGAAGCGUUUAUUGUAUGUUUAGAUUAUAAACCAAUACCUGGCUGGAUACCAAGAUUAGAUUUAAAUAAACUGACUAAUGAAUUUUUUGAAGGUAUUGAAUUUGGUGAUGACAACCAAAGAUCAAUUGUUGAAUUUGUUUCUUGUGGAGGUGAUGAUGCUUUUGAUUCUGAUGCAACUUAUAAUAUAGAAGAAGAUCUGAAACGAUUAGAUCCAAUACAAUUACCAACUGCUCCUCCUUAUAAAAAGGCAUUAGAAUUAAAAAGAAAAGGAGAAUUAUCUAGACGUGAAAUAAAAUAA